AUGCGGAAAGGCAGGCGCCUCUGGUGCAGCAGCAGAAGAAGCAGAAGACGAGAGCAGCCCUUUGCUGUCUGCUGGCAAAGCCCUUCCUCCUCCUGUUGCAGUGAGGAAACCCAGCAUCUGCCUUCUUCUCCCUUUGGCUCUCCAUUCCCAGGCUCUCUCUCUCUCUCUCUGAAGGGAGGGAUGCUUUGCAGAAGGGAAGCCAGCCAGCCUUAAAAGUCUGGGUCUCCUGUUUUCCUGGAGAAGCUCCAGCCAGCAGUCAGGGAUCCUGGCAGCCGAAGUCCAGAACAUCUGGAGGACCAAAGUUAGGGAACCGCUGCAGCUGUGUGAAGGGCAAAGCCAGGACUCGCCUUUUUGCCUGUCCCGAAAUCUGGCCUGGCGGGGCCCUCUCCAGCCAUGGUGGGCCACCACGACCACAUGUUCAAAGUGCUCAUCAUUGGGGAUGCCACCGUCGGGAAGACCUCCUUGGUCCAGCGCUAUGCCAACGACAGUUUCAACAAGCAUUACAAAUCGACCGUCGGGGUGGAUUUUGCUCUGAAGGUGGUGCAGUGGUCAGACUCUGAGACAGUGAGACUGCAGUUGUGGGACAUAGCAGGUCAAGAACGCUUUACAUCUAUGACUCGACUGUAUUAUAAGGAAGCCUCUGCCUGUGUUAUCAUGUUCGAUGUCACCAGUGUCAGCACAUUCACCAGCUGCCAGAAGUGGAAGCAGGAUUUGGACAGCAAGCUACGGCUGCCCGAUGGAAGCCCCGUUCCUUGUCUACUGUUGGCUAACAAAUGUGACCUUUAUCCUUGGUCUGUAACUAGAGAAGAAAUUGAUAAAUUCAGCAAAGAGAAUGGAUUCACUGGAUGGACUGAAACAUCUGUCAAGGAAAACAAGAAUGUAAAUGAGUCCAUGAGAGUCCUUAUUGAGAAGAUGAUGACGACAUCACUGGGUGACAGAGAUAUAUCUGUUUCAGGGCAGGGAGACUACAUCAAUCUAAAAGAUGCGUCCACAUCCAACUGGGGAUGCUGCUAGUUGCAUGUGCUUCUGCACCUGAUCAAAAUUCAAGAUUGCUUUUCAGGCAAAUACAUCUAGUUACUUUUACAAAGCCAUAGCAAGUAUUCUUUUCACACAAUUGUGAGCAGUGAGAGAGGAGGAAAUCCCUCAGCCUAGGAGAGGCAAUUGAAACCACUGCCUUUGGUCUUUUGAUGGUGUUCGCUGGUAUAUACUAUUCAACACUGUGACUUUGGUAAAGUCAGAAAGGAAGGAUAUUCUGCGCAUUGAUGCUUCCACUGCAGUUUAGGGGGAGGUCUCCACUUCAAUUGAUCCAUGAUGCAUUGGCAGAAGAAGUGUCGUAGGAAUCUUCCAGCACUCCAAAAGCAAAGGCCAAGUAAUCUGUGUUUGACUAAUGUGUGCGUAUACUCACAGUUUGAAACAGACUGUCUUUAAUUUAUCAUCUCUAGAAACGAGUUUUGGGCUGUAACACAGCUGCAGAAUUCUUUUACCCCACCUCAUGUGAAGGUGCCAUUUCUUGCCAUGGGAAGCCUACUGCCACUUUUGUAUGUGUCUCUCUCUUUUGCCAAAGACUGCAUGUUUUAAAUUGAACUCUGGCCUUUUUGUGUCCCUGUUUUUAUGUGGGUCACACAAUUGUUAGGUCUUUUCCUGGUGCCAUUUUAUUAGAGAACCAAGCCAUGAAUUGAGGCAAAAGUUGUAAACUGUUUUGCAUUGAUGCACCUUAGUAGAAUACCAGUAGUGUUCUUUGUUUUGUAUAGUUCUUUCCCUCACAACAUCUAAUUUGCCUCUUUCAAAUUCUGAUGAAUUACAGUACUUCCUUUUCGGUAUCCUAUGUGGGUGUAGAUUGUCAUUAUGUAAUGCUGUUUGAAAGCCCACCCACUGGUUUUACUGCUGUGAGGGGGGAAAACACAGAAUAAGGGGCCCAGCAGGACAGAAAGCAAGAGUUAAAUCUUCUCUGUGUCCUUCCAAUACCAGGUAUUUCUCUAAUUGUUAAUAUCAAGGCAGGUGAUAUACUUUUGUUUCUUUGGUUUAUUUUUAAAGUAGGUCAGUUCAUAAUUCAGGAUGGUUAAAAUAACAGAAUGGUGAGAUGUAUUGAGGUGUCUGAAGUUUUAAUCUUUCAUUUUAAAAUAAAAGACUAAGGGGGUGAUUUCUUAUGAGGAAAAGAUAUUGUGGAUGAAUAAGAUGUCUAUGUUCUUGAUAACUUAGAAAUUAAGUGGGAGACUCGUUGAAAACUGUGGAGGUCUGAGCAUUAGCCUCCAUUAGUUUGCAAGGAAAACUUUCCUUGUGGCUGCAGGUAGGAUGAUAUAAUUCUGGCAUCAUUUUAAUCUUGUCCCAGAUAAUGUUACAGAUAAUUUAAUACUUGUGUAUAAUAGGAUACAUUUGCCAGAUAAACAGGUUACUUCUGACUAUUUUUUCCUUAAACUAUCUAGAAACAAUACUAAUUAUUCAUCCAUUAGUCUUCCCUAUGCAAUAUAGGCAUUACAGGAUGGUAUUAUAACAUUAUAAUAAAAUAAAAUAUAGGAUAUUGAACAGCUGCUGUUAAAUAAAGUUAUGUGCACUGGAUGGGAUAGUAAAUCUCUUUUGAUUCAGAUGCCAUUUUGGGUGACAGUAACAUUUGUUUAUCUCCAGUAUUUUUAAAAGGUGGUGAAGGCUGUCAAUGGCCUGUUACAAUCUGCCAAAAUAAAGCUGCUUUGGGUCUCUU